GGUGGUGGCUGGCUUGCUUCUCUGUUGCUCUAAUCCAGGUCACAGAAUGGCUAAGGCAGCUUUAAGUGGAGAGUGGAUUUUUCCCCCUCCGUCUGCCUUGUGUUUUCCACUCUGAAAGAAUGUUGUGGCUGCUCUUUUUCCUGGUCACUGCUAUUCAUGCUGAACUCUGUCAGCCAGAUGCAGAAAAUGCUUUUAAAGUGAGACUUAGUAUCAGAACAGCUCGGGGAGAGAAAGCAUACGCCUGGGAUACAAAUGAAGAGUAUCUCUUCAAAGCAAUGGUGGCUUUCUCCAUGAGAAAAGUUCCCAACAGAGAAACAACAGACAUUCCCCAUGUUCUACUUUGCAACAUUACCCAGAGGGUGUCAUUCUGGUUUGUGGUUACAGAUCCUUCAAAAAACCACACCCUUCCUGCUGUUGAGAUACAGUCAGCCAUAAGAAUGAAUAGAAACCGGAUCAACAGUGUCUUCUUUUUGAAUGACCAGACUCUGGAAUUUUUACAAAUUCCUUCCACUCUUGCACCUCCCACUGACCCAUCUGUGCCCAUCUGGAUUAUUGUAUUUGGGGUGAUAUUCUGCAUCGUCAUUGUUGCAAUCACACUACUGGUUUUAUCAGGAAUCCGACAACGCAGAAGGAAGAACAAAGGACCAACUGAAGUGCAUGACACUGAAGAUAAGUGUGAAAACACGAUCACAAUUGAAAAUGGCAUGCCCUGCGAUUCCCUGGACAUGAAGGGAGGCCACAGGAAUGAUGCCUUCAUGACAGAGGAUGAGCGGCUCACCCCUCUCUGAAGGGCUGCUGUUCCGCUUCCCCAAGACACUCAACACUUGUUCUUUGCAACUGCUGAGCAUCACACGUUAUCGAGGGCAGAUUAUACUUUUAGUUUCAUCAUCCUUCUUUCUUAAGAAAUUUUCAAUGGGUAUGACAAUGAAAGGCAAUCCUUUACACCCGUGAAGACCCUUGGAACCAUAAGCCACUCAAAAUAGUCUAAAAUAUUUCUCUGAGAACACAGUGCAUAAAUGUAGUCAUGUGGUGUUUAUAGUUAUUGAUUUUAAAAUGCAUUAGUAUUUCAGCAUUUCCAGAGAUAAGGCCAGGCUACGAUAUAAUAUAUAUAUAUAUCGAUAUAUGUUUCAAAGUUGGAAGACCUAAGGAAAAACAUUUUUCUAGUAGAAAAUACCUAUAAUAUGGUGUAUAAAUUACUGAAAAUGAAUCCUUUUGGAUAUCAUUUAUAGCACUCUGUACAUGACUAAGUAAGCAAGAAUGAAAAGUAAUCAUUGUAAACAGGAUGGAUGAAAAUGAGCAUGUUGAUGCACAAGGUGGAAUUUGAUCCUGUUAUUACCAACAGUUAUUAUAUCUUAUCCAUCCGUCUCUUCUAGGGCAGCUCUGUUUGUUGACUAUUUCUGCAAUCUGUAAAAGUACAGCCUCUGCUAACCUAAUAAAGUGCUAAUCAUCUCUUUUUGAUUAUGUGA